AUGUCUUCCUUCAUCGCCGAACUGUGGGAGUCGGUGUUUGUGCCCGGCCCGACGCCCGCGAUCCUGCGCGCGACAAACGCCAGCUUCGCCGCGCUGCAGGUCACGCUCUUUGCGCUCCUCGUCAGCACCUACAGCAUCCACUUUGUCAUUCUCUCGGUGCUCUCCGCCGGGCUGUGGUGGUCCAUCAACUGGUUCGCCGCCGAGCUGGCCGCCGCCAAGGCGCGCGGGGACUUGCCCUCGCCAGACGGCCCGGCCGCCGAGACAGCGGGCGCCGCGGCGCAGACGGCCGCGGCACCACCGCCGCCCAAGGAGAACAGCGACGAGGACACCGAGGUGGAGAGUCCCGCCAAGGAGCGCCCGAAGAGGGGCAAGAAGGCGAGCAGAGGAAAUGCCGGCAGAGCGGUGGCCAAGACGGCGGCAGAUGUGGAGGCGGUCGAGGCCAAGGGGGACCUGAAGCAUCGCGUUGCGUCCCUGUCGGACUCUACUGGCUUCACGUCCCAGUCCAGUGUUAGCACUGAAGAUGAGUGGGAGAAGGUUUCGGAGAACGAAAACGACAAGACCAAGUAA